UAGCUUCAAUAGUUCAGAUCCAUCCAGCAUUACAUCAUAUAUCAGAAAGAUUCCACCAACUCCUAAAGUGUUAAAAGCUGAUAACUCUUUUGAAACAAUGGAUAUAGCAAAGCACGUAUUUCAAAUGAAUGUUGAGCUAGCAGGAACUAGACAAAAAUCAUCAGAUGCAAAGAGUAAUUUAGACUUCAACAAAAAAGAUGACAACCCUUUAUCUUUCCAAAGAAUUAUCCCACAGGAAAAAACAUACACAUUUAUUAAGUUUUCAAAAGAUAUGAAAGAAGUAGAAAGUUUUCCUGCACAGGAGAAACAUUUUAAAUGUACAGAAUGUGUAAAGAGCUUUACAUUAAAGUCAUCUCUACUACAACACCAAAAAAUUCAUACAGGGGAGAAUCUACACUCAUGUGCAGAGUGUGGGAGAUGUUUUAUACACAAGAGUGCCCUCAGAAUGCAUGUAAAGACCCACACAGGGGAGAAACCAUUCACAUGUACAGAGUGUGGGAAAGGUUUUUCUGAAAAGUCAUUUCUCAAGAAGCAUCAUAAGAUUCAUACUGGGGAAAAGGAACACACAUGUACAGAGUGUGGGAAAUGUUUUGCUGCCAAAUGUACUCUAACAUAUCAUGAACGGACCCACACAGGGGAAAAACCAUUCAAAUGCACAGAGUGUGGAGAAUGUUUUUUAAACACAUACAGUCUUGUAAUCCACAACAGAAUUCAUACAGGAGAAAAACCCUUCAUAUGUUCAGAAUGUGGCAAAAUGUUUUCAGACAAGUCAAGUUUCCGAAGACACCAACGUAUUCACACAGGGGAAAAACCCCACACGUGUGCUGAGUGUGGGAAAGGUUUCAUAGCAAAGGCAGAGCUUGCAAUUCAUGAAAUGAGUCAUACAGGAGAGAAACCUUUUAAAUGCACUAUAUGUAGUAAAGGUUUUGUACGCAAGAUAGAUCUUGUUAGACAUCUAAAUGUUCAUACAAAAGAGAAGCUAUAUAUGUGCAUAGAAUGUGGGAAACGUUUUACACACAAGAAUACUCUCAUAAAACACGAAAAAAUCCACACAGGGGAGAAACAAUUCAGUUGUACAGAAUGUGGAAAAGGUUUCUUAGAAAAUGCCAGUUUCUUAAAGCAUAUAAUGAUUCACACAGGGGAAAAGCCUUUCAGCUGUACAGAGUGUGGAAAAUCUUUUACACAAAAGAGUAAUCUGACAACUCAUGAAAAGAUUCACAAAGGGGAAAAACGUUUCACAUGCACAGAGUGUGGAAAAAGUUUUACACAAAAGAUUCAUCUAUUAAAACAUGAAAGGGCUCAUACUGGAAUUAACAGUUCAUAUGCAUAGAUUAUGCAAGAAUUUUGCAUGCAAAUUGUCUACCAUAAAACACCAGUGAUUUU